GAGAGGGUGUAUACAAGUGUGUUACUGACGUUUGCGAAAAGGAGUUGUUCUUAUUAAUUUAACUUCUGUCACUGUAGACGAAAAGACUAAACAGUAAGAUCAAAACUUGGACCGUAACAUGUUGCCAUUUUAGUGAGUGUAAUUGUCCAGUUAUGCACACAAGCACUGCUGUGCAAAGUGUAUCCCUAGCGACAACCAUCACUGCAUCAGGCACACUUGUGGCUAGUACAGAACUACAUAUAGUUCAGCAAUUGUUCUGUCAUGGACACUCACGGUCUGAGGUAAUCAUUGCCCACCCUAGUUUGUCAGCGUUUUUGUAUCAUCACCGUCCUCUGAACAUUUGAAGGCUUGCAGACCAUAGUUGCAGACCUAUCUUGAGCAGCUGAGCGCCAUUUCAGCCAUAUUCACAGCUUAGCUGCUUUGCAUGAUGUGUGCUGUUGAUAUUAUCUGAUGUACAAACAGUAAAUUAUUGAUGCUGAAUACUCUCACCUAGAGCUGUGCUUCCAACCAGUGUGCCAUCAUCCCAUGCAACGAAAACAUGUCGGUGAGAAAGCUGUUGCAACUUUUUCACUGGGGCCCAAUCCUUGCCUUGACAGUUAUUUUUACCAUUUCCACAUUGACUAUUAUCUGUGAUCUUAUGUGGUGGCCUUUGACAUCAGUUGGGGGAAUAGUGAAUUUCAUAGUCUUUUUAUUUUGGAAUUUCCUAACUUUAUACAACUAUUUCAAGGCAGCUCUUAUUGGCCCUGGCUUUGUUUCACCUGGAUGGGAACCAGCUGAUAAAAGAAAUAGAAAGUUUUUACAGUAUUGCUCCCUGUGUCAGACAUACAAAGCACCCAGAUCUCAUCAUUGCAGAAAGUGUAAUAAAUGUGUGAUGAAGAUGGACCACCAUUGCCCCUGGAUAAAUACAUGCUGUGGUCAUUACAAUCAUGGAUACUUUGUUUAUUUUCUUUUUUGGGCUCCGUGUGGAUGUAUACAUGCCACAUGCAUUCUUAUACCCUCAAUAUACAGGGCUCUGAAUAGGCACUACUAUAUAUUUUAUGGAACAGGCCAGCCCAUUGUGCAUUUAAGUAUUUUUGGAUUCAUCAUGGUGAUGUUUGCCACAGGCCUGGCUAUUGGUGUCAUCAUAGCUGUUGGGAUGCUGUUCUAUAUUCAGAUGAAGAGUAUCCUGAAGAAUGAAACUGGCAUUGAAUCUUGGAUAAUUGAUAAGGCAAAAGACAGAGAAAGAGAAGAGGAUGAGGAUCCAGUGUUUGUCUAUCCUUAUAACCUGGGCUGGAAAAGAAACCUGAGAGAAGUGUUCACCUGGUCGGGCCUGCCAAAGUCAGAUGGUUUUGUCUGGAACGUGGCAAAAGGCUGUAAUCAGUAUACAUUUACAAUUGAACAAAUCAAACAAAAGGCUCAGAAAAGGGAGAGAACUGUGAAAUACACUGUGAUGAAAAAGUACUCUGGAUCCCUGUGUCCAAUCACUAAAGGUUGUAGAGUUAUCUGUAACAUUCCAUGUACGGAUGAACCAAGAAUCAAAGUGGAUAAAGGAGAUGAGGUGUUAGUGACUAGAUGGAAGAAACAUUGGUUAUAUGGAGAUAAAGUUCUGGAGAAGGCUGAUGGAAAAGGCAAGAAGCGAGAACGUGGAUGGUUUCCACGACAGUGUGCAGUUGAAGUUAUCAAUAAUGGGGAUAUGCAUCAUGAAGAACCAACGAAAAAGAGAGAUUAAACAUUAUGAUUCUUGAACUGUCCAAAGAUUGCAGAAAAAAAGUACAUGGUAUGAAGAGCGUAUGAGUUCCUUGCUAAUACAGAAGCGUCUUUACCUUUACAUGAUUCAGUUGUGUUUGCUGCAGUGAUCUUUAACAGACAUUAAUCAUCUCUGACAUAUUUGGCAGUUUAAAAUAUUUGUUGUGCUUUCAUUUGUGUAAUUUUAAAUGUUUGGUUUUUAUAAUACAGUGUGAUUCUUUUUAAAAGCUUUGAAAAGUCUUUCUGUAUACUUCAAGCUCUAAAUGUUCUGUUGAAAAUGUGUCCCUGUAGUUGAUGUUGUAUUACAGUUAAAUGGUUACUGUUGAAAUAAUCGGGUUGUAUCUGUGUGAGAGAAACAUAUUGAUGGACAUCAUUUAUUUGUUUUGAGUUGUCAUUUCUUGAUCACUUUUCAUCAACAAAUUAAAAUAUGAAAAAUUAGGGCUUUAAAUACUGUGUUCGAUUUAAACUUCUGCUGAAAACUUCUGUAUUUAAAAUGGUUGCUCAAGUGUGGUAUGAAAAAAACUACUGGUACGUUUUAUCUGUGCCCUUUCUUAAAGCUGCAAUAAUAUAUGUAAGUUAUUUUGAUAUAUUUGACUUCCUGUCUGUGUAUAUAAUGAAAUGGAAGUCAGUGUAGAUAAUAUCUUCCAUGAAAGAGUACUGUAUAGCAAACAAGUGAGGACAGACUUUAACAUUCCUCAUCAACUGUGAAUGCGAUAUAUUCAGGACAUUUUAUGUACUGUAUUCAGUUAUCAUUUAUUUUAAAUUAUAUAACUGAUGAACUUAUGUGUGAAUUUUGAUUUAGCUCACUAAUAUUGACACUGGGUAACACAGUACAGUAAUAAUUAAAUUUCUCCAUGUGCCUGUAUAAAGUACAGGCAUAGCUUAUGUCGUCCCUGAGUGUCGGCGUCCAGUAACAGCGAAAGUAAUGUUAAAGUGUUAUGGGUGGUAUCUUAAAAAGUACUUCUGGUACUGAGAUCAGGGUUUGCACUCAUGGAGAACACAUUAAUAUGAGGGGGAUAUUCCAUCGUUGAUUCGGUAUGUACGUAUCAAAUACUGUAAAUUACUUAAUUCUAGACUUAGUGAAUUGUGUAUUAGAAUCAUUGUUAAACAGAACGUUAGGGAUGGUAUCUCAAAAAGUGCUGCAUGUAUUGAGCUCAGGGUUAGCAUGUAUGUACAGCACAGUAGAACAAAGGCGAUCCAUCCUUGAUGGGGUGUGUACAUAUUACAUACCAUAAAUUACUGAAUUCCUGACUUAAAGUAUUGUGUAUUAGAAUCAAAGUUAAACAAAAUGUUAGGGGCUGUAUCUCAAAACGUACGACAUGUAUUCAGUUGGCUUGAAGUUGACAGUGACACAAGGGGGGGGGUGUUCCAUUGCUGAUGCUCUGUGUGCAUAUGUAUUGAGCUGAAGUUUGCAUUCAUGUAUCUGCUAUAGGCAAGCUCAUUGGUAGGCUUGCUACCAUCUAAUAUUUUCUUGGGUUUUAGAUAUUUUUUUUUUGUAUUUAGUUUUACUUUACUUCA